AUGGAAGUCGAUUCCAGCUCUUCUGUCACAGUGAUAUCUGCGACGUCCUGGCAGCAGUUGUUCCCAACUCGAAGUCGGCGGCGGCUCCAACCUGCAGACACCAGAGUGUCCGAUUUCCAAGGAAAGAGGAUUCCUUUGGCAGGAAAGGACACUGUAAAUGUUGAGUAUAAAGGGAAAUGUGCUAACCUGUCGUUCUUAGUUGCUGAAGGGGACCGGGUAAACCUUUUGGGGUUGGAUUGGUUCAGGCCGUUAGGCAUUGGUAUAUACGGUGUUAACAAAAUGUCUGAAAAUAAAUGGGAUAUGCUGUAUGACGAAUUCCCUGAGGUAUUUGGAGAUGGUUUGGGGAGGUACAACGGGCCCCCCAUUGCGUUUGAAUUAGAUCCGUCAGUAAAGCCGAUACGGUUGAAAUCUCGGAAGGUGCCUAUCUCCAUCAAGCCCUAGGUCGAAUGGGAGCUUGACAAACUCAAUAAGCAAGGGGUGUUGGAACAUGUACCUUUUAGUAAGUGGGAGACCCCCAUAGUGACUCCGGUCAAGCCUGAUGGAUCUGUACGUAUAUGUGCAGAUUACAAGUGCACUUUGAACAAAGCGUUACAGCAGCACUCGUACCCGGUUCCAGUAAUCAGCCACAUCCUGGCUUCCCUGGGAGGGGGGAAAGUGUUCGCUAAGCUUGACUUGGCCCAAGCUUACCAACAGUUGACGGUAACACCCGAAGCUGCAGAGGCACAGACAAUCGUAACUCACAGGGGAGCGUUUAAAGUUAACCGGCUCCAGUUUUUGGUAAAUGUGGCCCCAGGAAUUUUUCCAGGGUUAAUGGAGCAAAUGUUGAGGGGGGUGCCGGGAACAGUACCUUAUUUUGAUGAUAUUUUAGUUGCGGGGGGGUCUGAACAAGAACUGUUAGACCGAGUAAAGGAAGUUUUGAAACGUUUUCAAACUGCCGGGCUAAGGGUGAAGCGCUCAAAAUGCACAUUGGGCGUUGACAGUGUGGAAUUCCUGGGUUUUCGCAUAGACGAAAAAGGGGUACAUCCCACAAGCAAAAAGGUGGAGGCCAUUCAAAAGCUGGUAAAAAAGAGCUACGCAAAAUGGAAGUGGGGACAAGCCGAGGAAAAGGCUUUUGCAGGAGUAAAAGGGCUGUUGACAUCUAAUGAUGUGUUGAGUCAUUACGAUAAGCAAAAACUCCUGAUCUUGGCUGCAGACGUGUCACCUUUUGGAGUAGGCGCCAUUUUGAGCCACCUGAUGCCGGAUGGAAGCGAAGCGCCUAUCGCUUUCUAUUCAAGGUCUCUAUCUCUAUCUGCGGCAGAAAGGAACUAUGCCCAGAUAGAUAAGGAAGGUCUGGCAUUGGUAGCGGCUGUCAAAAAGUUCCACAACUUUGUUUUUGGCAGGAAAUUUGUGUUGGUCACAGACCACAAGCCGCUACUGGGGAUUUUUGCGCCCGAUAAGCAACUGCCUAACAUUAUGUCCCCACGAAUGCUUAGAUGGGCGUUAUUUUUACAGGAAUACGACUUUGACCUGGAGCACUGGCCCGGUAAGGCCAUAGGGCAUGCUGAUGCACUCAGCCGCUGCCCUUUACCUAACCAAGGAACAGACCCAGCCCCGGCAUGUGAAGUCUUGGCCAUAGACGAACUUCCCCAGGCACCAGACUCUUCAAGAGACAUAGCUAUACAAACUGCGAAAGAUAGCGUGUUGUCCCGCGUCCUCAACUGGGUGUGGAGGGGGUGGCCUGUGGGGAGUGUGGAACCCGAGUUCCAGCCGUACAAAGCUCAACAAGCGAAACUUUCAAUUUCCAAAGGUUGUGUACUUUGGGGAAACAGAGUGUUAGUUCCAGACAAACUUAGACAAAGAGUCUUAGAAUCCUUGCAUGAGGGGCACCCGGGCAUGGUGCACAUGAAGGCCCUAGCAAGAGGAUAUGUUUGGUGGCCCAAACAUGAUAAGGAAAUUGAAGAGUGGGUACAAGUUUGCACGCAAUGCCAACAAAGCAGGCCAGAACCUCCACCAGCUCCACCGCAAAAGUGGGAGUCCACUAGUAAGCCAUGGUCAAGACUUCACAUGGAUUUCGCUGGCCCAGUACAGGGACAAAUGUUUCUCAUUGUAGUUGAUGCCUGGUCAAAAUGGCUGGAAGUGGUGCUAAUGCAUUCGACCACUUCUACUGCGGUCAUUCAUGUGCUAUGCCGGCUUUUCGCAACCCACGGACUGCCGGACGUACUGGUCAGUGAUAAUGGGCCUCAGUUUGUCUCAAAGGAGUUCCACCAGUUUUUAGCUAAUAAUGGCAUUUGCCAGGUUACCUCUGCCCCGUUCCACCCAGCCUCAGAUGGGCAAGCAGAGAGAAUGGUCCGCACGGCCAAAGAAGCCCUGGGAAGGUUAACUGAGGGGGAUUGGAGUGUACGGUUGGGUUCCUUCCUCUUGCGGCAGCACACCACCCCCUGUAGUGCAACGGGUCAAAGUCCCGCUGAAUUGUUAAUGGGCAGGUGCCUGGCGACUCGCUUAAACCGGUUGCACCCGGACCUUAACGAGCAAGAGUCAGAGCAAAAGGAUACACAAACAAAGGUGCGCAUGUUUGAGGCCAGAGACAAAGUGUUCGCCCGUAACUAUGUUGCAGGGCAUUCCUGGGCCCCCGGGGUGUUGGGCACAAGAAACUGGGCCCCCGGGGUGGUGUGCGAGAGCAUAGGCACGCGUAUGUAUGUGGUUCAGCUGGCCGAUGGUAGGAAAUGGCGGCGCCACAUAGACCAGCUCAGGAGACGUUGGGCGAAGGACAGCGCUGACUCUCCGAUGGCUGAGCCCUCAGACAUUGAGUUCCGACCUCCCAAUAUGGAGGUGAGUACUGACUUACCCAGUACUGUCCCAGUAGCAGGGCAGACCCCUGGCCGUGGGUCUGCAAACCCCGAAGUAAAUGAGCCUGUUACAGGUCGUGCAGAGCCUAUGGCUGACACCCAACAGAACUUGCCCUCUGAGCCUACACAGCUCCGCAGGUCACAGCGUGAGUGGCGAGCACCAUCAUACCUCGCUGAUUACGAAUGCAAUAAAGUGUAUUGUAAUGACUGA